GAUCUCUCUAAAGAGUUUUGGAAAAGAAGAUUACUUUAUAAUAAUGAAAUGAUCGAAACCGAUGGAUCUUUGAACGAGACCUCGCGACAUAACGUAAACGAUCAAAUAGCUGAAGAUACAAAUUUUAAUGGAAAAUUUGGAAAUGUCAUAGAAAGUACAAAGGAUCGGACUCUGAUAGACUUUAAAGGACCGGCAAUAAUCGAUGAGGGUCUUGAUAAUAAGAGUGAUCAGAAUUUUGCGGAUCACGUUCGCGUCAAGAGAAGCGAACCGAUCAACGAUUCAAUCAUCCGUCAUCAGCUGAACAUGAAACUUGAUUCUUUUUCGCAAAAUUCCCGGAGCAAUAACGAUACGAGGAACGUUUACGGCGAUCUCAUGUCCAAUUUUAAAGACUCAUAUGUGAAUCCAGAUCGUAGAAAUCGAUCUAAUACGACUAUCGUAGAUGUAAUGCAUUCAAGACACAAAAGAGGAGUCUUGUCUGAAACCAGGCAACGUGGAGAAUGCCCGAAAAGAAGUGUUAGACAAUCGAAGUAUCGCGUUGCGAUUAAAAACAGGAAGAAGAGACACGAUACGUUGAAGUCUCCUCGCAAACCUGGCAUGAAAAAAGCAAACAAUUCGAGUACAUUUCAAAAGGCAAGAAAAAAAACAAAAAUCAUACCUGCCAAAACGAUGGAUGAAUCGCAAAUAGAGAAAAGGGAAUCCGGGACUGAUAAUUUGAACACCGAUUUUGUUAGAACUAGCAUUACUGAUUACGACAAAGAAGAAAACGCUGUCGCAUCGCCCUUUGUGCAAACUGGAAGAGCAGAAUUGCGGGUCCGUAUCGAAAAAAUUCCCAGGAACGAGUCAUCCCUUAUUAGCAACUGGACGGAUCAUUCUAUCGGGACUACUACUUGUUCAACUGCGUUAUUAAAAUAUAACGACGACGAGAUUGUGGACAAAAAUGCCACAAAUUUUCAACUUGUCCCGAAUUUCGAUUCCGUUGGGAGGGGAAAAGUUAAUAACUUGACAGUGGAAAUUAUAGUAAAGAAGCUAGAUUACGGAAGCAACAUUGCCAAUCGGCAGACAAACGAUUCCGCAUCGUUAUUUAACUAUUCGGAAUCUCAUCCGAUCGAGUCCGAUCUGUCAAGUAUCAAGGACAGUGGCAAAUAUAAUCGCGUCGAGACAUCGUUGGACGAGGAUGCAAAAUCGCGCGCGAAGAGAAACCAAGAAAUUACGUCUGGACGUUAUCUACGAAGCGAUAGGAACGCACUGAUAGGAUCGAAACGUUUCAAGAACGGACGAGGAACAUCGAUCGAAGAUGUAAAGCGCGAAAAGUCGAAGCACAAGCCUCGUGGUAACCGCGCUGUGAGAUCGAUCGAAGAAAUUAAGGAGCUUGCUGAGAAAUUAAUCAUCAAGGUAAACGAGUUGCAAGUGUACGUGAGCGAUCGUAACGAGACCACGACGAACAUCUGCGUUGAUAAGAAUGCAAAUCGCUUGGAAGGAAAACCCAAGAUCUCUUCUGAGAAGAAACGCCUUGCGAAAGUUUCCAAGUCCGAAAUCGCCAACAAUCCUCGACAUCUGGCGAGCAACAGCGGACAAGUGACCUCAGCAGGGAAAAGAGAGUCAUCCCGAGCUGUGUCUUCCAGUGAUUCGAGAUUCGCGCGAGGAGAGAACCCAAUCGCGAGGAGCAAAUCACGUCGCAAGUGGGGCAGGUGGAUGGACUGGAGCAGUUGCAGUGUCACAUGCGGCAAGGGUCGACAGAUCAGGUGGAGACAUUGUCUGCACGAUUGCACCGAUGCGGAAACCGAGAUGGAGGAAAAAGCUUGCCAAUUGCCAGCUUGUCCCCCGGGUAAGUUCCUGGGAAUAUUUCGAUGAUAAGCCCCGCAUAAGUGUCUUCCAAUUGUCCAAUUGAAAUAUAAUCAGCUUCUCGAUACACAAUUGCUCUUUGUUGAUAAGAGCAUUCAUUUCUCGAGAAGAAAAGUUCGCAAAGCAUCUGAUAAAUUUUUAAUUCUAGAUCUCUUCUUUUGUGAUUGAAAG